GGAAAACCUUCACAUCAUAAUGCAUGUCUGCGCAAUCAGAAAGAUGGGUAUAUAAACAUGCAUUAGGAGAAAUACAGACUAUACCUAUUUUCUCUCUCUCUCUCUCUCUUUUUUUAUUCUUUUUUUCUCUUUCUCACACAUGAAAGAUACCAAGGCAGAUUUCACAGAAACAGAACAUAGUUAUGAUAAGCAUGAACUUGUUGUUGAAUACAACGAUGUUGAACGUUCACUUGACAGUGAAACCGAUGCAUCUUUUGUUCCUCCAACAGCUGAAGAACUCAAGGCUGUUAUUUGGAAAUUAGAUCUUCGUAUCAUUCCAUUUUUGGGUCUUUUAUACCUUUGCUCUUUCUUGGACCGUGUUAAUAUUGGUAAUGCUAAAUUAGCUGGCAUUGUCACAGAUCUACAUAUCAAUCCAUCUGAUUACAACCUUGCUCUGUCUAUUUUCUUUGUUGGCUAUAUUAUUUUUGAAGUACCAUCAAAUAUGAUUUUGAAAAGAAUUGGUCCAAGCAAAUGGAUUCCAAUUGUCAUGAUAUCUUGGGGCACAGUGAUGGCUGCUAUGGCUGCAUGUAGUAGCACCGCAGGUCUUUUGGCUGCUCGUUUCUUUUUGGGUAUCACAGAGGCAGGCUUAUUCCCAGGUGUCAUUUUUUAUCUUACUUUAUGGUACACUCGGGGUGAACAAGCAACUCGUGUAGCCUUGUUUUUCGCAUGCUCUACAUUGGCUGGUGCAUUUGGUGGUGUUUUGGCUUAUGGUAUUAUGCAAAUGGAUGGUAUUAAUGGUCUUCGAGGCUGGCAAUGGAUUUUUAUUAUUGAAGCAAUUCCCACUCUCAUAUUAUCUAUUGCUGCUUACUUUUUCCUUCCCAAUUUCCCAGAGAAUUCAAAAUUCAUCAAUGAGCGUGAAAGAGAAAUUAUUAUUCACCGUCUUAGGGAAGAUGCCGGCCCGUCAACAGAAACACUUUUCUCAUGGAGACAAUUCCGCGCAGCUUUCACGGAUUAUAGAGUAUACGUUCAUUCGCUUGUUUAUAUCUGUGGUUCAACUCCCCUCUACAGUUUGAGUUUGUUCUUGCCUAGUAUCAUUCAAGGUAUGGGCUUUACUGAUCUUCGUGCUCAGGCAAUGACUGCUCCUCCUUAUGCUAUCGCUUGUGCGGUUACUGUCUUGGUUGCUAUGCAUGCCGAUAAACAUCGCGAACGUGGUCUUCAUAUUGCUAUCCCUGCAGCUGUUGGUUGUAUAGGUUAUGGUCUCUUAUAUGCUUUGCGCAAUAAGGGUGCUGUUGCUAUGUAUAUUGCUGCUUGUAUUACAGUGACUGGUGUCUUCAGUCAUAUUCCAGCUAUGCUUUCAUGGUUUACAAACAACAUUGGUGGCCAUACCAAACGUGGUGCUGCUACUGCCUUUAUUAUCUCGAUUGGUAAUGUGGGUGGUGCAAUUGGUGGUCAAAUCUAUCGUGCCGAUGAUGCUCCUCUUUAUGGCAAAGGUAACUUGGCUUGUAUGGGUCUCAUGUGUGGAGCUACCGUUAUAUCCAUCAUUUUCAAAUUGAGCUUGAUGCGCGAAAACAAGAGACGUGAUAAUCUUUCUAAAGAGCAAUUUGAAAGAGAAGCUGUUAGUGAGAUUUGUGAUAGACACCCUGGCUUCAGAUAUAUCACAUGAUUUUCCUUUUGUUCCAUUUUAAUGUAUAUUUCUUAACUUAACCUAUACUUAAUGUAAACUACUUCUUAAUCGUCUCUGCAUUUUAUUUCAUACAAAUAAAUAAUAGUUCU